AUGUAUACAUGGAAAUUAUAUUUUGAUGGGGCAGUUAAUGUCAAAAGAGUAGGAAUUGGGGCGGUUCUUGUCUCACCAACCGGGCAUCAUCAUCCCGCCACAGCACGACUUCGUUUCUUUUGUACUAAUAACACAGCAGAAUAUGAAGUUUGCAUCAUGGGGUUAAAUAUGGCAAUAAAUCUGGAUGUGCACAAGCUAAUGGUGUUGGGAGAUUUCGAAUUACUCAUUCGACAAAUUCAAGGUGAAUGGGAAACGAGAGAUAUCAAGCUCAUUCCAUACAAACAGUUCGUGGAGGACCUUAGCAAAAGGUUUGAGUCUAUCCAGUUUAGACAUAUUCCCAGAUCCCAUAAUGAGCUGGCUGAUGCCCUGGCUACCCUAGCUUCUAUGCUCCCGUACCCAGGAAAUACGCAUUUCGACCCAUUAGAGAUACAGAUACGAGAUCAACAUGGUUAUUGCAAUAUAAUUGAUGCAGAACCAGAUAAUGAACCUUGGUACUAUGAUAUCAAACGCUUCCUAAAGUCAAAAGAAUAUCCAAUACACGCCAAAGCAGAUCAAAAAAGAACCAUUAGGAGACUUGCUAAUGUCUAUGGGACCGAAGCUGUAAUACCCGCAGAAGUCGAAAUUCCCUCGCUUCGAAUCAUUAGUGAAGCCGAAAUUGAAGAUACUGAAUGGGUCAAGUCUAGACUAGAACAAUUAUCAUUAAUAGAUGAAAAGAGGUUGACGGCAGUCUGCUUCGGUCAAUUAUACCAGAAAAGGAUAGCGCGAGCUUACAAUAAGAAG